GACAUAUUGUAAACGCUAUCUAAGCCCUAAUUUGUCGUAGAUAGUUUAGAUAUUUGUUGUGCUUAUAUUUUUUGUAGCAAUUUCAGGGAGGUAGCGUCGACCAUUAUUGGUGCCGAUACUUGAACUCCAUUAUAAAUACAUAUAUAACCGUGUCUUUACCGUAUUUUUUAUCGGUAUUUGCUUAUAUAUAUUGCGUGAUGCUUUGGAUCCUAUUGUCCAUUUUCUGAGCAUCAUAGGAUGUUUCACCCUAGGCCAUUCGGCGGUUCCGCCAAUAUUUUUGCAAAGUCCAAUAAGAGCGAGCCAAAAAAUCGUAAUGACGGUCAAGCUACAUCUCUUCCUGAUCCCGGAUUGGUUGGGUUUGAAGUUCCAAAUUCGGAGCGCAGUGUACCUCUUCGUCGCAACCCGGUUAAUGAUAACAGGGCUAUAGGUCAUCACAAGGGCAACGAGCAGCGUCGUUCAGUGGAUGAGUCCAGGCACUCCAACGAGGGAAGAUACUACACGGAUCGAAAGUACUUCUCCGGUAAUAAACCCUUGCCUGAGCCUAAAAACUUUGGUGAGUCCAAGCAUUUUCCCGAGUUGCGGACGUUAGCGGAGCCCAAGGGUUUUGAUGACAUCAAGUUGCCGCAGCAUGUGUCCACUGUCAGUGCGGUUCCUCCUCCGAGUGACAACCCGGCGUCCUUGACUAAGAUUGAGAUUCCAUCUGAUGCGGACCACCUGGCUACGACCGAGUCUCAAUUUGAAAAGCACUACCUAGUACAACUCAUGUUGACUAUUGACCGUAGAUUCAGGGAAACUGGGAGAUCACCUUGUGAAGUGGUUCCACCUAAAUUCAAGUUUGUUGAGUGUCACGUGCCAGCUCCACAUCAAUUUGUUCACGGUAGUCGUGAGGGUGGUAUGCCAGGCAUGCAUGGCAGCGCUUCACAAUCUAUGUUUGAACACGGCGAUGCAAAUCGCAAGUCAAUGGAGGGUGUUCCUGGUCACCGACGCGGCUACUUCGAGCAGCGUGUUCCUAAAGGAAAGGAUAACUUUAGGAUGAGCAGGGAGGCAUUUGAUGGAGCUGACUAUGCUAAGCGUGUUGACCAUCACGAUGCCGAGGCUCAUGUGGAUGAUCUGAAUAAACGUUGGAAGAGUUACGAGGAUCGUGGCAUGCACCAGGUGAACGACGAGCGCCCAUUGCAAUUUGAGGGUAUGGAUCAAUUGAACCAGCAUGGUGCCAACAUCCCACCGGAGCAUGAAUCUACUAUAUUAAACGUCAUCAAGUCUCAGCGUCGUCAUGACAAUUUUCAAGUACAGGACCGUUUCCAUACAUUUGACUCUGCUUCUAACCCUCGUGCGGAUACUCUGUUAUCCGUCCAUGUUGAUCGUCCAUCUGUUCAGCACAGUCCUUCUGGAAUCCACUUUAAAAACACUGUUAUCAACGAGUCCUUCAUUUCUACUGAAUCCUCAGAACAUAAACUGCUGCAAUACACUACAGUUGGCGCCUCUUCAGCUCCCAAGUCUCCUCAGCCGUGGAACAACACCCCUGAUGUCACUACUUGGCAGCUUCCUCCAGCUAAUCCCGUGAAGGCCCCUGACAUAUUCGAUUCACCUGACCUCAACGUGGAGAAUCAGCGACUAUCAUUCUUGGAGCGGCUCCUGGACAAAUCAUUUGAUAGUACCGACACUGUGAUGGACACUGCCACCGAAUUUCAAAAGGUGAUGAACCUGGCGGCACCUCAAGCGGUUAAAUCACAACCAAGCAAGCCCAAGGCGCAACCAAAGGCUCAGCCCAUAUUGAAGUCACCAGUCCAACCUAAACCCCAGCCAAUCAAGGGUCCUACGGCAGGUCAGACACAGACACCUUCCCAGAGUGCUGUUCCCACCACGAUUUCAGGUAUUCCUCCCAUGCCUGUUGCGCCUCCAAUGCUCCUUCAGAUGAAGGACCCCGAGCCGCCGACUAUCAAUUUGCAUUGGCAGUACAAGGACUUCCAUGGUGUUGUACACGGUCCCUUUUCUUCGGGGCAGAUGUACAAAUGGCAUACAAACAACUUUUUCAACCCCAAUCUCCAGAUGCGUUACAAUGAGCAGAUGCCUUGGAGUGCUUUGAAGGACCUUUAUCCAAACGGCUACGAUGCGUUUUUGACUAGUCCCGUGGGAUACAUCCCUGAGGUGCCCAAGCACCUGCCUGAACACUCCCAUGUAGUGCCUCCACCUCCAAUUCACGUUGUUGAGGGUGUUUCCAUGGAAGAUAUGAUACAAGGUAAUGAAUCAGUUCGCAGUUCCAAUUUGCGAUGGAACAAGCCCGAGGACCUAAAGGUUGAUUCGUUGCUGGACAUUAUGGAGAAGCAGAUGCGUCAAAGCGUGCCGCCCAUGAACACUUCGUCACCAGUGGUCCCCAAGCCAUCGCCCGGUUGGAAGAUAUCUGAUAACGCCAGUAGUGCAUUCUCGGUUGCAUCUGAUGACUUCCCAUCACUGGCUUUGGGCGCCGAGAUGACCGCUAAGUCAGCUAAAAAGGUAUCUACUCAGUCUGGCACUCAACCGCACCAGCCCAGCACAAUGUCGCUAAAGGCGUUUAUGCGCCACCAGGCGCAAAGUGCAGAGUCUAUGAGGGGGACUAACCCUAGAGAAUCAUUUGCCCGUAAGCUAAUGGGUGAUAAGAAGUAAAAUUAAAUGUCCCUGUUGUACUUUUG